AUGAUUUCCAGUGCCUUUAUGUUUCUGAUGGUGUCGAUGUACAUUUGCUAUCCGCGACGGAAAAGCCUUCGUUGGUUUAGCUCGGUUGUUCAAAAAGUUCCGUUGAGAGCACGCUGUGUUAUAUACGCAUAUCGAUCCUAUGUCGUAGAGGAGUUCUACGUUGCUGAGUUGAUGGUGGAGACAAACGUCACCCUGGACAGAAUCACUGUCCAGUCAAUACUGAAUACCAGCGUCCAGGUGAACAACAACGGAGAACUAUACACAGUGGAUCUUCUAGACAACCAAGUGGUAACAGGUAUUAGACUGUGGAUACUUGACUUUCUAGAAUGUGUCAUAAGUAAUGGAGUAUUUUACUGCAACUGUUCUUCGGAAUACAUUUGGACCAAUGACGUGUGCUACAAUAACGGCUGUUGCAAUGACCAACCCUGUAAUCUAAAUGCAUCCCAUAUAAUACCACUCUGCAUCCCAAAAGUCGACGGUAACAUUGAAACUAUAAUGCAUGUACUAUGUUCUACAGUGCUUCUAUAUCUGGCACACGUCACUGGCUUUGAGGCACACGUCAGCUCCACGGUCCUGACCUCCAAACUUCAAAGCAUUAUCAUGACUGUGGAAAACAGUCUAGACGCUGUUAUUCAUGUCGACAUUAAAGGCACGGUCAACAUAGUCUCUCCUGAGUCUAAAGUGUGCUACGAGUCCAGCCCAACACUGACUUGCACAUCUGAGCUGGAAUCAGACCAAAGUAGCUGGUACAUGACCAAACUCAACAAAACGUUUGAGCUCAGCAAUGGCAGCGUGGUGAGACUGAACCGCAGCUGUGCAACCACCGAGUACAAGUCCUGUGUGGCUGUGACACUGAACAAAGUCACAGGUGAUUGGGCAGUUAAGUUUGUUUGGAUGCCCUCUGUAGGUACGUACGAGUGUGGAUUCAUCUCCGGCUCUGUCAAAUAUGUGGCUGAGACGGAGUUGACUGUAGCCCUGCUGCCUGAAGAGAUCCACAUGAAAUUCAACCCUCCUACUGUUCAGUGCCGUGAUACAUCUGACGUCAUUUCCAACAUCACAGUCAACAUCACAAAUAGUGCGGAGCCUUACAACGUGACUUGGCAAUCCUCAGUUCUAAAACUCAGUGAAAUAUCCAAAACAUGUAAGACAUUACGGAUGACCAACACAAGUUUGACUUGGCCGGAGUCCUCUGCUUACAACGUCCUCGACCUACAGCGUUUUGUGGUUAAGUCGCUUCAAAUGCCUUUUUUUUUUCUAGUGGGUGAAAAAUUUUGCAUUGCGGAAGAAAAAAAUGGUUUUUGGCCCAAAACUCCAAAUGGCGAGACAGUGACUAAUACAACAUGUACACCUGAAACAGUUGGAUAUAAGUCUCGAACUUGUGAGAACAGGGUCUGGCAGCCUGUGUACAACCACUGUGUCAGUAAAAAACUACAUGAUGUUUUUAAACAAGCUGUGAACUUUGAAAUGGGACUUGGGGCGACAAAUGAGCUGGCUGUGCAUAUAUUUAAAGGUCUUAAGAAUGCUACCACUUUCACGACUGUUCAUAGCGACGUUAUAGCUGACCUCACUGCUUCAAUUGAGAUUUUAAAUGUGAUGGGCGACGCAUCCCAAAAGACUACGUUAAACGAAACUAUCCUACAUGACUUUGUUGAUGUAUCAAGCAACAUAUUAAACACACCCUGGAAACCAGUCAACACUUCCGUUCUCCAUAAAAUGUCAUCCCUCUUCCUCAAUUCUACAGAAAAUCUGGUGAGAAAUAUCAAACUGGACAAGGUCAGAAAUAUCAGCAGUCAAAACAUGGACUUCAAAGUGUGCACAGGCAGCGACUGCACUACAUCAGUAUUCGACAUCAGUGUAAAGCUCAACGGAAUAAACACUGUGCUAAAAACUGUCUCAGUCAAAAAUCUGACGGAUAAAUUAAAUAAUAAUUUUUGUGAAAGCUGCCCUCUUAGUAAUGCCUUAAUCAUAGCCACAACAGAGCAGAUCAUAAAUUCAUCCUUCUAUAUUACCUUGGAUUUUCCCAAUGAAUAUGACUCCACAAAUGCAUACUGCGUCUUCUGGAAUACAGCUCGCUUGGAUUGGUCAGAUGCAGGAUGCAGCGCUAAAACCAGCAGUGACAACCAUACACUCUGCCAGUGCAACCACCUGACAUCGUUCUCGGUGCUCAUGGCGAAAGGCAACACACCCAACCCUAUCCUGGAUGUCAUUACCACUGUUGGCCUCGCGGUGUCGCUCUGCUCUUUAGUGAUUUACCUCAUCAUCGAGGCUUUAGUCUGGUCUGCUGUGGUGAAGUCUAACCUUUCACACUUCCGUCACACGGCACUGGUGAACAUUGCCACAUUCAGAUUGCUCGCCGACAUCUGUUUUUUGGCUACCACCUCUCCGGACAUACUUUCAGAGAAAUUGUGCCUCUUUAUGACUAUAGGCAAACACUUGUUUUACUUGGCCAUGUUCAGCUGGAUGCUCUGCAUGAGUGUCAUGCUGGUCCAUCAGCUCAUCUUUGUCUUCAGCCCGCUGAGGAAAAGAGUGUUUAUGUUCCUGUCCAGUACUGUGGGCUACGUUUGUCCAAUUCUUAUUGUUGGAUUCAGUUAUUUGCAUUGCCAAUACACCAACACGAAUUAUUACGACAGGAAGUCGUGCUGGCUAGAUUUUGAAAGGCUCUUUGAAAGGUCCUUCCUUAUCCCCGUGGGAACCAUCACUUUCACAAAUCUUUUUUCUAUGUUCGUGGUCAUUGUUACUCUGCUGAAGACUUCGGUCCCGGACGAUAGCAAGGCAAGCGAAAAGCAGGCGGCCAAAAGCAUUUUCAAAGUGGUGGUCUUUCUAACGCCAGUUUUUGGAAUCACAUGGGGGAUCGGGUUUCUUCUGCAAAUGCUGAAUGCUGAUGAUCCACUGUAUGUUCCAGCUGAAUAUAUGUUUGUCAUCCUCAAUAGCUUCCAGGGGUUAUUUAUAUUGAUCACAGGGUGUUUGACAGAGCAGAAGAGCCGAGAGGAACUGAUUAAACUGAUAAAGGGUAAAACAGGACCGAGUGACAGCACCAAGCCUACAACUUCAACUGCACACACCAAACAAUGAUAAAGGAGAGGUUAGUGGUUAACUCAUCAGCUGCAUAACACUUUGACUGUGUUACCAUGACUGUAUAAAAAGUGGUGUUCAUCUGUACAAUUCAGUGAGCAGAGUUCUUGCUUUCCAAUUCUAGGGUUGUCAAAGUCAACACAUUCAUCACAUGAAUUAAUCUGUAAGGAUUAGUCAGAUUCUU